GACUCAACCCAAACCUGUAUUCUGGUGCUUCUGCCUUCGCGUGACAAGCGAGGUUGUUCUUUUAUAAACACGAACUUUAUUUUUCUGUCGUGCGAAAGCUCAAAUGCAGAUUUAACAUCUUCCGUUUAUUUGUUCAUUUCACUGGAAAUGAAGAUAGAGCCUCUAUCAGCUUUUUGCUAACCAUUGUUCUUUUAUCAGUGGAAGUGUGAUUUUUUUUAAAACAUUAUUUCUCAGUUGAACAGGAAACAUCUGCUGCCCCUGGCUCCUUGCUGCGGGGUUUGUGUUUUUUAAACCAACCCUCAAUUUCCCAGGUGAAUUUGAACAUGGAAGCUUAACACGAGAUCUGAAUUUCCCAGAAGAAGGCUAAUAAAGAGAAACUUUUACUUUGGAACCAAACAUGAAGUCAGCUGGAAAAAGUGCUUUACUCCUGGCAUUGCUUUCUUUAAUCGCCAUGUGCGUGGGGGGUGGAUUUGUGGAGCCUGCUAACCCCGUCACCACCCUGCGCUCCGUGACAGAGACUCAAACCAGACUCCCCUGUCAGUAUCAGGUGGAGGGUGAGCAGAAGGUGGUGCAGGUCACCUGGUACAAGGAGCUUUCAGAUGGCAGCAAAGAUAUGAUCAUCACAGCUCACUUCUUGGACGGCCAUAGAGAUUUUGGGCGUUACUCUGGUCGGGUGAGGUUCGAGAACAGCAACCCCAUCAAGAACUCUGCUCUGAUCAUCCUGAACACAGAGCAGUCGGACGAGGGCACCUACGCCUGCCAUAUCUCCACCUUCCCCAGUGGAAAUUUUGAGACGAAGAUCGCCCUCACCGUCUGGAUUUUACCCAUCUCCUCCCUGGAUCCAGUAACUCUUGUGGAGGGCCAAUCCUUCCGUGUGGCAGCCAUCUGCCGGGCUAUAGGUCACCCACUUCCCAUUCUCUCGUGGGACACGGACAUCUCAGGAACGGUCCAGAACCGCACCAGCGAGACUCGGUCAGUGUCCAGCUACUUCUCGCUCCACCCCCUGCGUAGCAUGAACGGGAAAAAGCUGGACUGUUUAGUGUGGCAUCCUGGCCUGGAGGAGCCGCGUAGGAUCAGCAACCGCCUGGAGGUUCAAUACCCCCCAGAUGCUACGAUCACGACGUCCUCAUCUCGUUGGUAUGUGGGUUUGGAGAAAGCUGAGCUGGUGUGCGAAGGCAGGGGACACCCCACACCUCAAAACUUCACCUGGACGUGGAAAGGGGGAGCUCUGCCUGACGGGGUGUCUGUGGUUGGAGGGAAGCUCCUCUUUCAGCGGCCCGUUCACUUGAGUGACAGUGGGGCCUACGAGUGCAUGGUCACAAACAGUGUGGGAAGGGGAAAAACUGAGUAUAUACUCAAUAUAGAUGAGAUGCAAUGGCGCAUUGGCGAAACCCCUCCUGAUAACCUGAUGCUGAUCAUAAUUUGUGCCUCCACCGGAGGUUUAAUCCUCCUCCUGAUCAUCAUCAUCUUGGUGGUUCACUGCCAUCAUCGACGUAGAACGAACAAGCUUAAGAGAGAGCUAUCUGAAAAAUCGGAUGAAAUUAGGAGUUUCUCUAGGCAAGCCUCUUUCAGGAGAAUAAACUCUACCAGCACAGACUUCAGAUACCAGGGUGAAGACUCCAUGCUCAGAAUAGACAGCCGAAUGAAAAACAGCCAAAUGUCUCUGGAGCAUACCCAUUCCACUCUGGGUGGGAGGUGGGGGCCAGGAGAUGUAGAACUGGAUGAACUGGGACGUCCGGUCAUCUGGUGUGAAGGCAGCGAUAUUCCAGGAGGAGCUGAGGUUGACGGAGGGAAGGAGGCGCAAAGGAACAGGGUGGAGUCAUACCUGAAGAGCAGUAGCAACAUGUCGCUGGACUCAGGUCUUCCUUCAUCUUUGGUUCCUCUGAAGGCUCAGCAGGAUGACGGCAGCGGGCCCAGAGAACCAGACGCCUGCCAGCCCAGGGAGAGAGAGGGCUGGGCUCCCACACAGUCUGAAGGACACGACAGUGACGAAGAUGGGAGCCACUACCAGUUAUCACAGACUCUCAGGAAUUACUUUGACUACAGCAAUGGGGCCAUCAGGCCCAAGCCAAGUAACAAUUCCAUUAUUCUACACCCCAGAGGACAGCUGAUCUAGACAGGACUCUCAUCUGUGAUAUGAAAAGAGAGACUGUCUGUAUCUCUGCAGUGACUCUGACUGUGACGUUUGAUGUUUGCUUUGAAUAUAUUGGAAGGGUAAUUCGUCUCAGGUACUAUCCCAAUGCUGAUUGUUGAUUUUUUACUUUAGAGAUUCUUCCUUAUUUCUGUUAAUCAAAAGAAGGUUAUGAGUUGUUCUUUUGAGCAUUUUAUAACUUCAUCAGUGAGGUAAUAAAAAAGAGAUGAGGAAUAAUUUGGGGGGGGAG